UUCAAACCGAGAAAAACCCGUCCAUCUCUGCCUUCCCGAAACGAAAAUAAAACAACGCGGACACGGACGGAGGGAGGAAGCAGCAAGCAAGCUGCGGUCGCACGCACGCCGCUCCGCCAGUUCAAACCCACCACCCCCCUCGUCUUCCUUCCCCUUCCCCAGCUGUGCCACGCGCUUUCCAAUCGCUUCAUCUAUCUGCUGCCCCGCCUCGCUCCCCCCCAAAUCGCCUCCUCCCUUGCCGAUCCAGCCAUGGCCGGCUCGAUUGCCUCCCAGGCCGUGGUCCUCGGAGCCAUCCUGCUGCUCGCGGGGCUCGCGGCCGCCCAGCAGACGCCGAGGGCGCCCGCGGCGGCGGCGGCGCCCGCGCCCGACCCCGGCUGCAACGGCAUCCAGCUCACCUACAACCUCCAGGGCCGCGAGAAGAUCCGCCCCUUCGUCCCCGACAGGAGCAAGCAGCCUUACUCCUUCAAGGCCAACGCCUCCGUUCUCAACGGCGGCACCCGCCCGCUCAGGUCCUGGUCGAUGCUCGUCACCUUCGGCCACGACGAGAUCCUCGUCGGCGUCGGCGGCGCCGUGCUCACCGGCGGGGCCGAGCUGCCCUACAACACCACCGAGGACGCCGGCAACGCCACCUCUUUCUCCGGCUACCCGCAGACGGACCUCCUCACGCCGAUUGCCACCGCCGGCGACAUCACGCAGAUCCAGGCCUCGGUCGGAUUGGUCGGCACGCUCUUCGCCGGCCCGCGCGGCCUCGUGCCGGAGCCGCUCCCCACCGCCUUGACGCUCGACGACCCGGACUACAACUGCCCGGCGGCGACCAAUGUCACCGCCACCAUGCUCACCACCUGCUGCCUCCUCACCCCCGAGGCCGAGGCCAACGCCACGGUCCCCGAGGCCAACGCCACCGAUCCCACCAAGAGCUUCCUCCCGCGCCGCACCGGCGACCUCGUCAUCACCUACGACGUCGUCCAGGCAUACCCGACCAGCUACCUGGCGCUCGUCACGCUCGAGAACAACGCCAAGCUCGGCCGCCUCGACAACUGGCGGCUGUCGUGGGAGUGGCGCCGCGGCGAGUUCAUUUACUCGAUGAAGGGCGCGCACCCAUUGGAGGUGGACGUCAAUGAGUGCAUCUAUGGCGCACCAGGCCAGUACUAUCAGAGCCUGGAUUUCUCCCAGGUGCUUAACUGCGAGAAGAAGCCGGUCAUCCUUGACCUGCCGCUCUCCCGGUACAAUGACACCCAGAUGGGGAAGAUCGAGCAUUGCUGCAGGAAUGGCACCAUCCUGCCCAAGUCCAUGGACGCGGCUCAGUCAAAAUCGGCGUUCCAAAUGCAGGUGUUCAAGAUGCCACCGGAUACCAACCGGACAAAGCUCUUCCCACCGGCCAAUUUCAAGAUCUCUGGCGGCUCAUCGCUGAACCCAGACUAUAGUUGUGGCCAGCCAGUGCCUGUCAGCCCCACCGGGUUCCCUAAUCCCAGCGGGCUUGACUCUACAACGCUGGCGGUUGCGACAUGGCAGGUGGUGUGCAACAUUACCACGGCCAAGGGGGCCAAGCCCAAGUGCUGUGUGACCUUCUCGGCUCACUACAAUGACUCAGUCAUUCCCUGCAACACUUGUGCAUGUGGUUGUCCUGUGAACCGCCGGGGUCCUACCUGCAGCACGACUGCUCCAUCCAUGAUCUUGCCACCGGAGGCGCUGCUUGUGCCGUUCGAUAACCGUACACAGAAGGCACAGGCAUGGGCUCAGUUGAAGCACUACAAUGUGCCUAGGCCAAUGCCUUGUGGUGAUUUUUGUGGUGUGAGCAUCAAUUGGCAUGUCUCAACAGACUUCAACAAGGGCUGGAGUGCUCGGGUGACAUUGUUCAAUUGGGGUGAUGUCGACAUGGCCAACUGGUUUGCUGCCAUGGUCAUGGACAAGGCGUAUGACGGUUUUGAGAAGGCAUACUCUUUCAAUGCAACAGCAGAGGGCAAUAACACCAUCUUUAUGCAGGGCCUUGAGGGGCUCAAUUACCUUGUGAAGCAGACCAACAUGAGCGGGUCGGAUUACCUCGUGCCGGGAAAGCAGCAAUCAGUGCUCUCAUUCACCAAGAAGCUGACUCCUGAUAUCGAUGUUGUCGCUGGAGAUGGGUUCCCAACAAAGGUCUUCUUCAAUGGCGACGAAUGUGCUAUGCCGCAGAGGUUACCAAUCAAGAGUGGUGGAUUCAGGACCCAUCUAAGCAGUGCCUUUGCUUUGGUAUUGCUCAUGGCUGCCUCGGCCUUGCUGUUGCUUCAGCAAUAAUCUUGUUGCUGUUGCUCCGAUUCUUUGAUUCCUUCAGGUGGUUCCAUCAGCGCCAUUUGUAAGAAACCUUUUUGUUUCCGGUGAUCUACCACUAGAAGAUCUUGUGUAGCUGCUAUGUAGCAGAAUCAAGCAGCAACCAUGAGAUGAACCGCAAGAGAUGCAGGGAGCUAUAGCUGUUGUUGCAGGCUCGCAACAUCGACAUAGGUUCCCUCUGAGAUGAUGAUAUUUAGCUAUGUACUGCAUGCUUGCACCAAUGUUGGUGCAAUUGUAGUAAAUUUCUCGUGUUUAGCUUGUGCCAUAUACAGAAUAUACCAUGUUAAAUUUGUUCA